CCCACCCCUCCCCCCUUCCAGUUUGCACCCACUCUUCUCCCACCGAUGGAGGUCGAAAACGGCGCUGCCGGCGGCCUCCGCGUCGAGACAGACCCGCUGAACUGGGCUGCAGCCGCUGAGGCGCUGGCGGGAAGUCACCUCGACGAGGUCAGGAGGAUGACGUGGGAGUUCCGGCAGCCACUGGUGAAACUCGAAGGCUCGACGCUUAGGAUCUCCCAGGUGGCAGCGAUCGCGGCCGGGGCGCACUCGGCGGUGCGGGUGGAGCUGUCGGAGUCAGCGAGGGAUGAGGUGUGCGCGAGUAGCCGGUGGGUGGUGGACAGCACGGCCAAGGGGACCAAUAGCAAUGGAAUGACCGCAGGGUUUGGCGCAGCUUCUCACCGGAGGACCAAGGAAGGAGGAGCCCUGCAGAAGGAACUCAUCAGAUUCCUUAAUGUCGGAAUAUUCGGCUCCGGGGCGGAGUCCGGCCACACGCUGCCGCCAUCGGCCACCAGGGCCGCCAUGCUCGUUCGCAUCAACACCCUCCUCCAGGGCUACUCUGGCAUCCGGUUCGAGAUCCUCGAGGCCAUGGCCAGCCUCCUCAACUCCGGCAUCACCCCCUGCCUUCCGCUGCGCGGCACCAUCACCGCCUCCGGCGACCUCGUCCCCUUGUCCUACAUCGCCGGCGUGCUGACCGGCCGCCCCAACGCGAAGGCCUGCGACCCCGCCGGCGAGACCAUGGACGCCGCGGAGGCCUUCCGCCGUGCUGGAAUCCCCCACGAGUUCUUCGAGCUGCAGCCCAAGGAGGGCCUUGCGCUCGUCAAUGGCACCACUGUCGGCUCCGGCCUCGCGUCGGUCGUCCUCUACGAGGCCAACGUCCUCGCCCUCCUCGCCGAGGUCCUGUCGGCAGUCUUCUGCGAGGUGAUGCAGGGGAACCCGGAGUUUACCGAUCACCUUACCCACAGACUGAAGCACCACCCGGGCCAGAUCGAGGCCGCCGCCAUCAUGGAGCACAUACUCGACGGCAGUUCCUACAUGAAGAUGGCCAAGAAGCUGCACGAGCAAGACCCCCUGCAAAAGCCGAAAAAGGACCGCUACGCCCUGCGCACCUCGCCGCAGUGGCUCGGCCCACAGAUCGAGGUCAUCCGCUCCUCCACUAAGUCCAUCGAGCGGGAGAUCAACUCCGUCAACGACAACCCUCUCAUCGACGUCGCCAGGAACAAGACCAUCUAUGGCGGCAAUUUCCAGGGCACGCCCAUCGGCGUGUCCAUGGACAACGCCCGCCUGGCGCUCGCGGCCGUGGGGAAGCUUAUGUUCGCGCAGUUCUCCGAGCUCGUCAACGACUUGUACAACAACGGGCUGCCAUCCAACCUCUCCGGCGGGCGCAACCCGAGCUUGGACUACGGUUUCAAGGGCGCCGAGAUCGCCAUGGCCGCCUACUGCUCCGAGCUCCAGUUUCUCGCCAACCCCGUGACCAACCACGUCCAGAGCGCCGAGCAGCACAACCAAGACGUCAACUCCUUAGGAUUCAUCUCCUCGAGGAAGGCGGCGGAGGCCGUCGACAUCCUGAAGCUCAUGUCCGCCACCUACCUGCUUGCGCUCUGCCAAGCGAUCGAUCUGCGUCACCUGGAGGAGAAUCUCAAGAACGCCGUCAAGAACACGGUGAGCCAAGUCGCCAAGAGGGUCCUGACUACGGGCGCUUUCUGCGAGAAGAAUCUGAUCACUGUCGCCGACCGGGAGCACAUCUUCGGCUACAUCGACGACCCCUGCAGCUCGACGUACGCUCUGAUGCCCAAGCUGAGGAUGGCCCUCGUGGAGCACGCAUUGAACAACGGCGAGAAAGAGAAGGACGAGACCACCUCCGUCUUCCAAAAGAUCACCGCGUUCGAGGAGGAGCUGAAGGCCGUCCUGCCCAAGGAAGCGGAGGCGGCGAGAGCUGCGGUGGAGAGCGGCAAUCCGGCCAUGGUCAACAGGAUCAAGGAGUGCAGGUCAUACCCAUUGUAUCGGUUCGUCAGGGAGGAGCUCGGCACCGAAUACCUCACGGGCGAGAAGGUGCGGUCGCCGGGAGAGGAGUUCGACAAGGUGUUUGUGGCUAUCGACAGAGGAUUGGUGAUUGAUCCCCUUCUUGAGUGCUUGAAGGAAUGGAAUGGCGUUCCACUCCCCAUGUGCUAAGAAGAGAGGUGAUCGAAGGAGUAGUUCUUCUCCAAAUCCUCCUUAUAGUUACGAAAUAAGAUGUUAUACACAGUGCUCCAAGGAAUACAUUCUCCACAAUCAUAGCAGCUGUGUAAACUUAGCUACAAAAGUAAACUCAUUUCGAGCCAAUCUUUUGAACU